AGAGACGCGCGAGUGUAAAUUGAAAUUGCUUAUAAUUUAUUUUGAAUUAAAAAUCGCGGGUUCAUUAAGUCCUGAAAUUUUCUGAAAGUAUACGGAUAGUUAGAUAGUUUGAUAAAUUAUUUUACUGUUACAAUAAUAAAUAUACACAUACAUAUAUUAUAUCUAUAUAUAUUUACGGAAAAUGCUGAGGGAAGUUGUGAUACACAGCAUGAAAAUGAGUCAGCUUCCUAAAAUGGGUGCUAAUAUUUUCCGUAGACUUCAUUCCAGUCACAAGAAACGAGCUAUCGUGCCGCGGUCAAAUAAACUUGGAUCUGCUCGGCACCUGGACGCGCCUCUGGCCAUUCUUUCAGAUCUUGAGAACCAACAGACGCGCAAUUACAGUUUCAUCCAUGACAGCCACUAUAUGUACACUAAGAAUCAAGAUCAUGGCGCUAAUGCGGAGGAUGUUCUCUUUGAUAUGUUUAAAAAUGAGGAGACCGAUUUGUUGUCUGUUGGAAAAUUUUUGGCUGCGUUGCGAAUAACUGGAUUAAGAAAAAAUGAUCCAAGACUCCAAGAGUUGACGGACAAUUUAAAAUCCGAGCAUUUAAAAACCGGUGGAGCUGAAGGUGUGUCUCAUGAGACACAGAAACUUAAUCGUGAGCAAUUUAAAAGAAUAGUGACACCAAAUAUUGCAUUAAUUUCACGAGCAUUCAGACACCAGUUUGUGAUCCCCGACUGGGCCGGUUUGACAAAGCAUAUAGAGGACUUCUAUUGGAAGUGCAAGACCAAUACCGAGGGGAAAGUAGCUUCUUACAUACCUCAACUAGCUCGGAUGAAUCCAGAAUACUGGGGUGUCUCGGUUUGCACCAUUGACGGUCAGCGAUUCAGCAUCGGGGACACCACUGUACCUUUCACUCUACAAAGUUGUAGUAAACCCCUGACCUAUGCCAUUGCACUGGAGAGUUUGGGUCCUCAAGUAGUCCAUCAGUACGUUGGUCAAGAGCCCUCGGGUAGAAAUUUCAACGAACUUGUUCUCGAUCACAAUAAGAAGCCGCACAACCCGAUGAUAAAUGCCGGCGCUAUUUUAAUCUGCAGUCUUCUGAAAAGUUUAAUAAAACCCGAGAUGACGUUGGCGGAGAAGUUUGACUUCACGAUGAACUGCUUCAAGAAGAUGGCAGGUGGAGAGAACCUGGGUUUCAAUAACGCAGUUUUUCUGUCCGAGCGCGAGGCCGCUGACAGAAAUUACGCUCUUGGAUUUUACAUGCGGGAGCACAAUUGCUACCCGGACAAGAGCAACCUCAGGGACAUCAUGGACUUUUACUUCCAAUGCUGCGCUAUGGAGUCGAACUGCGACGCGAUGUCCGUGAUGGCUGCCACCCUCGCCAACGGGGGGAUCUGUCCCAUCACCGAGGAGAAGGUCCUCAAACCUGAAAGUGUUCGCGAUGUUCUCAGUCUGAUGCACAGCUGCGGAAUGUAUGACUACAGUGGGCAGUUUGCUUUCAGAGUAGGGAUACCUGCUAAAUCAGGAGUAUCUGGAAGCCUGCUAGUGGUUAUUCCCAACGUAAUGGGGAUCUGCACUUGGUCGCCGCCUCUAGACUCACUGGGAAACUCUUGCAGAGGAGUCCAGUUCUGCGAGGAACUUGUAAACGAAUUUAAUUUCCACAGAUACGACAAUCUCAAGCACGCCACCAACAAAAAAGACCCCAGGAGGCACAAGUACGAGACCAAAGGCCUGUCGAUAGUUAAUCUGCUGUUCAGCGCAGCCAAUGGAGACGUCACUGCCAUGCGGAGGCACCGUCUAAGCGGAAUGGAUAUGACACUAUCAGAUUAUGAUGGACGCACAGCUUUACAUUUGGCGGCGAGCGAAGGCCAUCUCGACUGCGUUGAGUUUCUCAUCGAGCAGUGCGGAGUUCCUCACGAUCCCAAGGACAGAUGGGGCAACCGGCCAGUAGAUGAAGCUGAGACCUUCGGUCACACCCAGGUCGUCGAGUACCUAAAAAACUACGCCGUUAUUUCUAAGUCAGAGCAGCCGCCAGAAGAUUCUGAAAACAACAACAACAACAAUAAUAAUAGUUCUAACAAUAAUAAUAACAAUAGUACUAAUCCAAGCGAGACUGACAAUGCCAAUGGGAAAUCACCACUUCCUUAAAUUACGUUGUAUUAAAUUAAUUUUAAAAUAAUUGAAAAUGAGACUGUACGUUAAAGCCUUAGACUUAGUCAAUGGAACAUGUCAAUACGCUAUAUAGAUUUUUACUAAAUCUGUGAUUUAUUUAAGCUUCCUUGUAUUUUAUUAUUAAUUUUAUUUUAUUUUCUUUUAUUUUAUUGACUAUUACUAUUAUUGGUUUUUUUUUUUUUUUUUAUUUAAGAGUAAUUUUGAUCAGUUGGAAUAGAAUUAUAAAUUUUAUUUUUUGGGCUUUGAGUUUUUUAGAAAAUUUUUUUUAUUUUAUUUUUGACGAUCUGUAAAUAUUUAGGAAAAUUACAAUUGGGUUCAAAAUUUUAA